AGCUGCAAUCCUCUCGUCUCCCCUUCCCCUGCCUCAGCGCGGCUCUGCUGAUGCUUGGCUCUGCUGGGCUGGUGGAAGGGGCUGGCUGAAGGUUUCAGAAGGGGAGCACGUUGAUGAGGUAAGGAGACGACAUGGUCUUCUUCUGUCGAUGUAGAAAGAUAGCACAGAUGAUUAUCUGAAAAAGCUGUACUACACAGCGCAAGCAUGGCUUUCGCCCAGUCGCACAUUAUGGCCGCUAGAAGGCAUCAACACAGUAGACUCAUAAUUGAAGUGGAUGAGUACAGCUCAAACCCCACACAGGCGUUCACGUUCUACAACAUUAACCAGGGACGCUUUCAGCCCCCACAUGUGCAAAUGGUGGAUCCUGUGCCCCAUGAUGCCCCCAAACCUCCAGGAUAUACCCGAUUUGUCUGUAUUUCUGACACUCACUCAAGAACUGAUCCAAUCCAAAUGCCCUAUGGAGAUGUUUUAAUACAUGCUGGUGACUUCACUGAACUGGGACUUCCUAGUGAAGUUAAAAAAUUCAAUGAAUGGUUAGGUAGCCUGCCAUAUGAAUACAAGAUUGUGAUAGCAGGAAAUCAUGAAUUGACCUUUGACCAAGAGUUCAUGGCUGACUUAAUCAAGCAGGACUUUUACUAUUUCCCUUCUGUGUCUAAGCUGAAACCAGAGAGCUAUGAGAAUGUGCAGUCUCUUCUAACCAAUGGCAUCUAUCUUCAAGACUCUGAAGUGACGGUGAGGGGGUUCAGGCUGUAUGGCUCUCCCUGGCAACCUUGGUUUUAUGGCUGGGGCUUUAAUCUUCCACGAGGCCAAGCACUAUUAGAGAAAUGGAACCUUAUUCCAGAUGGAAUAGAUAUUCUUAUAACACAUGGACCACCUCUUGGUUUUCUAGACUGGGUUCCUAAGAAAAUGCAGAGGGUAGGAUGUGUUGAGCUGCUGAACACAGUCCAGAGACGAAUACAGCCACGACUUCAUGUUUUUGGACAUAUCCAUGAAGGCUAUGGGGUAAUGGCUGAUGGAACUACUACCUAUGUGAAUGCGUCAGUGUGCACUGUGAACUACCAGCCUCUCAAUCCACCUAUAGUUAUUGACUUACCUACUCCAAGGAACACAUGAUUGUUAUAGGAAUUUAAUGAUGUACCCAUCACACAAGCAAUUUUCUAUUGCUGGCUAAGAAACAUGAUGAUGAACUGUUCAAUGAAGAAGCGAAGACCCUUUUUUUUUUUUCUUUUAAUUCUUCACAACCAAAUUUGAGUGAUGAAAAUGAAUGGGAAGCAAAGACAUUUUAGUGCCAAUAUCUGCCAGAAGCCGAUUAAGGACUUUAAAAUUUCAGCAUUAAAAUACUUGUGAAUACACAAAAGUGAAUGCAUUCCACGUAUAUAUCGAGCAGGGAACUGGGUUUUUUUUUGUAUCUACCAUAUAUUGAACUUAUUAAAAGUAUAAAGUCUUUUCAAAGGUGUGUUUCUUAAAGAAUGUUUACAGUUUAAACGUGAAUGUUUAGACUAGGGUGUAACCAUUUAAAAUAUUUUCCAAUGAGUAUUUGGUAAAAUCAAAUCAUGUUGAUAUUUUUGCUGAAUAAUAUGGCAAAUAUGAAAAGAGUACAGGAAUACACAAGUACUGUAUUGAACCAGUUAAAAGAAGCCAGUUAUUAUUGCAAAUCCUUCUGAAGUUUGUGCCCUUGCAUGCUUUCAAAGCCAGUGCAGGAGAAGGUCCUAAUCGCUGUUCUGUAAUGCAGUCGCAACACAUCUGGCAUUACAGAUGGAAGAGGAAAUGGUGCAUACUGCCAGUGAGUGGUAAACAGCUGAAUGUUCUAGAAGGAAGAUGGUGUUAAAUGCAGUACAAACUCAGGCAUUUGUAAGCUCUGAAAAAUGUCAUUUCCCUUUUUUUCUUUAAAGAGUUCCAUGUGGUUUAACAUGAGAGCUGAUCUGUGAUUGGAUUUAACAUAAAAUAGAAAAGCUGUGAUGUUCAGUAGUGGUUUUAAAAGGUAGCCUAGCGGGACUGUUUGGUUUAAAGAACUGGUAAAGGGCUGGGCAGCCUCUCAUAAGGCCACUGCUUUGAAUCUGGCCCAGGUUGGGAAUGAUUAAAAGUCUGAGCUAAUUCAUCCCUGGGUUAACGCCCCUGACUUUGAUGGAGUUACCCCAAGGAUGGCCCUUUACCUUCUAAUAGCUGUUCAGCAGCAUGGGUGAAAUGAAUGGCGAGCUCACUGCAAUUCGUCCAGCACAGGUGUCCACAUCACAAGCCCCAUCAUUUGCCUCCUUGUGAACAGUGGUAGUAGAGACCAAGAACUAAAUGAACCCAGGCGACUGAAAUCUUUUUUAACCCCUAGAUACAGCCCAUCCAGAUGUGAGAACUAGCACUGCUCAUGCUCUGUGUCUAUGGAUUCACAGAGGAGUUGAGUUGGCAGAGUUUUCAUUCCAGCACUUUACACUAGCCCAAACAUUCACUUUAAAAAGCAAACCAUGAAAGGGGCCUCUGUCCUGACCUUACCCAAUUUCUCCAACUUCAAAGAAAGCAAAAGGAGACCUCUUGCCUUAACUGCGAUUAUCUGGGUAUGAUACUUUGGAUAUGGAUUUUCAGAAUUGUGGUACUAACAGGCUCUAUGUGUUAAAUAACCUUCACACACGUUAGGCAAACCUCAUGGGUGAGGCAUUCAGACACCGAUGCUGGAGAAAAAAAACAUGCAUGUACCCAGCCCACAUUUGCACACACAGAUUAUGUAAUUGUGCAUGUUAGUGCCCUUUUGCACACACACUCACUCAAUGUGAAGACAUAGAAUCAUAGAUUAUUAGGGUUGGAAGGGACCUCAGGAGA